CGGCGGGGAAAUUCUUCUGCUUUUUCGGAGGUCCGUCGAGGCUCUUCCUUGUAACUCUUGGAUUUCAUCGUUUUGCUUUAUUCCAAUCUAUCUCCGGACAAAUAGUUCCUACUGUGCUAUAUUACUUCCUUUCCGUCUCCCUUUCCUCUGUAUAUUCUCUAUAUUCUCUCUGAGACCGAGUCGCCGAGUCAGUCAUCGUCACAAUGGCCACAAACUCUAUCAAGCUCUUGACUGGCAACAGUCACCCUGAGCUCGCCAAUCUGGUGGCCGACCGACUGGGCAUCGAACUGACCAAGAUCAUGGUCCUCCAGUACUCGAACCAGGAAACGAGCGUCACCAUCGGAGAGAGUGUGCGAGAUGAGGAUGUCUUCAUCCUGCAAUCUACCCGACCAAACGAUAUCAACGACGGGCUAAUGGAACUUCUGAUCAUGAUCAACGCCUGCAAGACUGCUUCCGCAAGACGCAUCACUGCUGUCAUCCCCAACUUCCCUUAUGCUCGUCAGGACAAGAAGGACAAGAGCCGUGCACCAAUCACUGCCAAGCUUAUGGCAAACAUGUUGCAGACUGCUGGUUGCAACCACGUCAUCACCAUGGAUCUUCAUGCCAGUCAGAUUCAGGGUUUCUUCAAUGUACCAGUUGACAAUCUGUAUGCUGAGCCUAGUAUGCUGAAGUGGAUCCGGGAGAACCUUGACGUGAGCAACUGUGUGAUCGUUAGUCCCGAUGCUGGUGGUGCUAAGCGCGCAACUGCCAUCGCCGAUCGAUUGGACCUGCAAUUCGCCUUGAUUCACAAGGAACGCCCUCGCCCUAACGAAGUCUCCCGCAUGGUCCUUGUCGGUAGCGUGAAAGACAAGGUUGCCAUCAUCGUCGAUGACAUGGCUGAUACUUGCGGAACACUCGUCAAGGCCGCCGAUACUGUGAUGCAGCAUGGCGCUAAAGAAGUCAACGCUAUUGUGGUGCAUGGUAUCCUCUCUGGUAAGGCUAUUGAGAAUGUCAACGGUAGCUGCCUGAAGCGGGUAGUUGUGACCAAUACUGUUCCCCACCAGGAGAAGAAGGAGCUUUGCGACAAGAUUGAGACGAUCGAUAUCAGCCCCACUCUUGCUGAGGCUUGCCGUCGCACACAUAACGGCGAGUCUGUGAGCUUCCUUUUCUCUCACACUGUCGCUUAACCUUUUUUCUUUACUUUGAGAUUCCCUCUACUAGUCCGUGGGGAUUGUAGUAAAACAAUCCUUGUUUUUUUUUUACGCAAUUACAGAUUAUGAUGAUGCAUGCCCCAGAAUCGAAAUCUUAGAUUUACUUGAUGCUUUUAUUUGUUUAUUUAUUUUUUCUUGUUCUUUGUGCUACGGAGAACAGCAUAUUGAAAAAGUUGGUGGCGCUAUUUUUUUUUGAUUCUAGUCAAGU